UUAGUGUUUGGUAAUUAUCGACAGGUUCUGUUUAAACGCAAAAACGCACUUAUAAGUGCUUUCAUAGUUAUCUCACUAACCUAAGCUAGCUGCUGAAGAUAACUUUAGCUGGCUCUUCUGUCAAUUGACUCAACAUUCACGGAGCCUGCAAGUGAUCACAGCCAAAAUGAGUGCAGCCUCCUCCCAAAAAGUUGUCCUGAAAAGCACCACUAAAGUGUCCCUAAAUGAGCGCUUCACUAACAUGCUGAAGAACAAGCAACCCACAGCAGUAAGCAUUCGAGCCACCAUGCAACAGCAACAUUUGGCCAGUGCCCGGAAUCGCCGGCUGGCCCAGCAGAUGGAGAAUCGUCCGUCAGUGCAAGCUGCUCUAAAUCACAAGCAGAGUCUGAAGCAACGCUUAGGAAAGAGCAACAUCCAAGCCAGGCUGGGCCGACCAGUUGGUGCUCUAAUGCGUGGAGGAGCCCCCGGAGGCAGAGGAGGGAUGCGUGGGAUGACCAGGGGAGGACUUCGAGGAAGGGCUAGAGGAGGAGUAAUGAGAGGAGCUUUAUCUCUGAGAGGGAAGCGCUUGUCUACUGGUAUCCCCAUGCGAGGCCGUGGCACUGCUGGCCGUCUUGCAAUGCGAAGAGGAGGUCGUCAUCGAGGAGGAACAGCUGGCAGAGGAGGAGCCAUGUCCAGGGGAUUAGCACGUGGAGGAUUAGCCAGAGGGCGUGGUGGUCUCCGAGGCCGUGGAGGUUUUGCUGGUCGAGGAGGUCGUGGAAGGGGGCGCGGUGUUGGCCGACCACCUGUGACUCGAGAACAACUGGACAACCAGCUGGACGCCUACAUGUCAAAGACCAAAGGCCACCUGGAUGCUGAACUGGAUGCCUACAUGGCCCAGGCAGAUCCAGACAGCAUGGAGUGAUUCUGAAGGACUUGAAGCAAACUGAAGCACAUGUAGACUCACUCCAGAACUUUAUAGCUGAGCUCGCACAUACUGUGUAGUAUUAAUGUGCAAGAGAUUAUUUAUAAUUUUCGAUAAGUGUGGAUUCAAAGUGUCGACAGAGCCAUGGGUCAUUUAAAUGUGCUUUCAUCACUAGUCAAUUCAGCCAGUUUUCUGCAUGGCGUAUAAGUCUGAAGUAACUGAGUGGAGGGACCUUCUUAAGCAUUAUCAUACCUACUGUCUCUUAUGUUUAGCUUGCUGGUCAUAUGAUCAUAAACAUUUUUUUUUUUAAUGUGACACAGAUAUCUGGCCUAAAAUUGGUCAGUUAUUUGUCAUGUGUAAAUUUUUUAUUUUUAAUUUUUUUUUAAGUUUUAUUUUUAAUUUUUAAAUGGCUUUUAAUGUUUGUCUGCCCAGCUCUGUGGGAACUCAUUAUUGGCUUAUCAUAAACCCAUCUGCAAUAUACAAACAUCUUAGUUUGACAGACAAUGUAAGCAAACCAUUUUAGUGAGCUAAAUGUUUAGUAUUGGUCAUCAUUGUAUCCUCUUCCUUUCAGCAUUCUUAUCUCCAGGGUAUUAGCAUUCAGAACUUGUACCCUAUGAUGGUACACAAAGAAAAUAAAAAAAAUUUCAUUGGACUACA